GGAGUCAGCUGAGCCGCUGGGGCGAGGUUGGGAUCUUCUGGGAUCUGCAAAAGGAAACCAGUGAUCUUUUGGGGGUGGGAGCGGGGUGCAGGACUGCACCAGGUUCAAGGGAGAGGGCUCCGAAGUCUUCUCGCUCAUUAUAAGGCGAGAGCGAGAAAAUCCUCAGGAUCUUAAAGAGGAGAAGGGGGCGGCGGAUUGCAGGAUCUGUCAGAGACUUGUCGAGGCUGCGGAGACGCAGUUUCCAAUCUAAGGCGACGGGGAUCCCUGGGGGGAGCGCUGUUGGAAUCCCUGGGCCCGGAACGGAGGGCCCAGAGGCACCAUGGCGUCCAUCCUGGAUGAAUACGAGGACUCCCUGUCCCGCUCAGCCGUCUUGCAGCCCGGCUGCCCCAGCGUGGGCAUCCCCCACUCGGGGUAUGUGAAUGCCCAGCUAGAGAAGGAAGUGCCCAUCUUCACAAAGCAGCGCAUUGACUUUACCCCUUCUGAGCGUAUCACCAGUCUUGUUGUCUCCUGCAAUCAGCUCUGCAUGAGCCUGGGCAAGGAUACACUGCUCCGCAUUGACUUGGGCAAGGCCAACGAACCCAACCAUGUGGAGCUGGGACGCAAGGAUGAUGCCAGAGUUCACAAGAUGUUUCUGGACCACACUGGCUGUCACCUGCUGAUUGCUCUGAGCAGCACUGAGGUCCUCUAUGUGAACCGUAAUGGACAGAAGGUACGGCCACUGGCACGCUGGAAAGGACAGCUGGUGGAGAGUGUGGGCUGGAACAAGGCACUGGGCACCGAGAGCAGCACAGGCCCCAUCCUGGUUGGCACUGCCCAAGGCCAGAUCUUCGAAGCAGAGCUCUCAGCCAGUGAGGGUGGACUUUUCGGCCCUGCCCCAGAUCUUUACUUCCGUCCAUUGUACGUACUAAAUGAAGAAGGGGGUCCAGCGCCUGUAUGCUCCCUUGAGGCUGAGCGGGGUCCCGAUGGGCGCGGCUUUGUUAUCGCCACAACUCGACAGCGCCUCUUCCAGUUCAUAGGUCGAGCAGCAGAGGGGACUGAGGCCCAGGGCUUCUCAGGGCUCUUCGCUGCCUACGCUGACCACCCACCCCCAUUCCGUGAGUUCCCCAGCAGUCUGGGCUACAGUGAGUUGGCGUUCUAUACCCCCAAGUUGCGCUCUGCACCUCGGGCCUUCGCCUGGAUGAUGGGGGAUGGCGUGUUGUAUGGAGCAUUGGACUGUGGGCGCCCCGAUUCCCUGCUGAGUGAGGAGCGAGUCUGGGAGUACCCAGAGGGGGUAGGUCCUGGGGCCAGCCCACCUCUGGCUGUCGUCUUGACCCAGUUCCACUUCCUGCUGCUGUUGGCGGACCGGGUGGAGGCAGUGUGCACACUGACAGGGCAGGUGGUGCUGCGGGAUCACUUCCUGGAGAAGUUUGGGCCGCUGAAGCACAUGGUGAAGGACUCCUCCACGGGCCACCUGUGGGCCUACACUGAGCGGGCCGUCUUCCGCUACCAUGUGCAGCGGGAGGCCCGGGAUGUGUGGCGCACCUACCUGGACAUGAACCGCUUUGACCUGGCCAAAGAGUAUUGUCGAGAGCGGCCUGACUGCCUGGACACAGUCCUGGCCCGGGAAGCUGAUUACUGCUUUCGCCAGCGUCGUUACCUGGAGAGUGCCCGCUGCUACGCCCUGACCCAGAGCUACUUUGAGGAGAUUGCCCUCAAGUUCUUGGAGGCCCGACAGGAGGAGGCUCUGGCCGAGUUCCUGCAGCGAAAAUUGGCCAGUUUGAAGCCAGCCGAGCGUACCCAGGCCACACUGCUUACCACCUGGUUGACGGAGCUUUACUUGAGCCGGCUCGGGGCUCUGCAGGGUGAUCCUGAGGCCCUGAACUUCUACCGGGAAACACGGGAGCGCUUCCGGGCCUUCCUCAGCAGCCCCCGCCACAAGGAGUGGCUCUUUGCCAGCCGGGCCUCCAUCCAUGAACUGCUUGCCAGCCAUGGAGACACAGAACACAUGGUGUACUUUGCCGUGAUCAUGCAGGACUAUGAGCGAGUGGUGGCAUACCACUGCCAGCACGAGGCCUACGAGGAAGCCCUGGCCGUGCUUGCUCGCCACCGUGACCCUCAGCUUUUCUAUAAGUUCUCACCGAUCCUCAUUCGCCACAUCCCCCGCCAGCUGGUGGAUGCUUGGAUUGAGCUGGGCAGCCGGCUAGAUGCCCGGCAGCUCAUUCCUGCCCUGGUGAAUUAUAGCCAGGGUGGCGAGGCCCAGCAGGUGAGCCAGGCCAUCCGCUACAUGGAGUUCUGCGUGAAUGAGCUGGGCGAGACUGAGCAGGCCAUUCAUAACUACCUGCUGUCGCUGUAUGCCCGAGGCCAGCCCGCCUCACUGCUGGCCUACCUCGAGCAGGCCGGGGCCAGCCCGCACCGUGUGCACUAUGACCUCAAGUAUGCGCUGCGGCUCUGUGCUGAGCACGGCCACCACCGUGCUUGUGUCCAUGUCUACAAGGUCCUAGAACUGUAUGAGGAGGCUGUGGACCUGGCCCUGCAGGUGGAUGUGGACCUAGCCAAACAGUGUGCUGACUUGCCUGAGGAAGACGAGGAACUGCGCAAGAAACUGUGGCUGAAGAUUGCACGACACGUAGUGCAGGAGGAGGAAGAUGUGCAGACGGCCAUGGCCUGCCUGGCCAGCUGCCCCUUGCUCAAGAUUGAGGACGUGCUGCCCUUCUUUCCUGACUUCGUCACUAUCGACCACUUCAAGGAGGCGAUCUGCAGCUCGCUCAAGGCCUACAACCACCACAUCCAGGAGCUGCAGCGGGAGAUGGAAGAGGCCACAGCCAGCGCCCAGCGCAUCCGGCGAGAUCUGCAGGAGCUGCGGGGCCGCUACGGCACAGUGGAGCCCCAGGACAAAUGCGCUACCUGUGACUUCCCCCUGCUCAACCGCCCUUUUUACCUUUUCCUCUGUGGCCACAUGUUCCACGCUGACUGCUUGCUGCAGGCCGUGCGGCCUGGCCUGCCGGCCUACAAGCAGGCCCGGCUCGAAGAGCUGCAGCGAAAGUUGGGGGCUGCUCCAGCCCCUACCAAGGGCUCUGCCCGCGCAAAGGAGGCCGAGGGUGGGGCUGCCGCUGGGGGACCCAGUCGGGAACAGCUCAAGGCUGACCUAGAUGAACUGGUGGCCGCUGAGUGUGUGUACUGUGGGGAGCUGAUGAUCCGCUCUAUUGACCGGCCCUUCAUCGACCCCCAGCGCUAUGAGGAGGAGCACCUCAGUUGGCUGUAGGAGGAUGUUGUGCUGGGUGGGCAGGCCGUCGGGGGCACGUGCCCCUUCUUGGGAAGGCUACACCCUGGUCUGCGCUCCGUCAUCUGGAGACUCGCCCCAUUGUUGGGAAGAGUGGAAUUAUAGCUGUCACCGAGAGGUAUCAUCUGCCGCUAUCCAGUUCUUCAGAGCGGCCUUAGGGCCACUGUUAUGCCAGUCUAUCUGCCUGCCUCCCAACAGGGGGCCUUAGCCUGGAGAAGUCAGAAUUCUGACCCCAUCACCCUCUCCCCUCUAACGGUCCUGUUUUCCUUUUUACUCCCCACAGACAUCCUGUUCACCUUCUAGAGCGAGAGUACCAUCCUCCCUUUUCACUGCGUGUCUCUUCCCCUUUAGAGGAAGGCCUCUCCUGUGUCUGCCCCUAGGUCCCAGAGAGAAAAGGCAGCCCCUCCAAGUCCUGGGCAUGGAGGGUGGGGAAAGGUGGUGCUGGUGGUGGGCGUGUCUUGUGUACACUUUCUAGGGCUCUGGUGUGUGGGCGUGCCCUGGGGGACAGGGCCUCAUGGAGGACAGUGGGAGGUGAUGAUGGAGUGGGGAACAUUAAACUGCCUGCGCCGCGCUGGUGGUCCUGGA